UUAAUGUGUUAAUUAAAAUGAAUUCUAUAAUUGUGCCUUAAUAUUGAUAUAAGGUUAUUUUAAAUAAACAAUUCAUUUAUUAAACAAAGCGAAUUCUGAUAAAACAAUAAAAUUAUUAGUUUAAAUAAUUGUUAGUUGAAGGUAUAAUUUAGUUUGCGAGUAAUUUUUCUUCGUAAUAUGAGCCCAAAUUGCGCAUGUGUUCGUAACUUCUUUCAUCCAAUAUCCUCUUUCGGCAUCUCGGCGCGAUUUCACUUCAAAAUUUGAGUCAAACUGCGAGUUUUCGCGAAGAGCAACUUUCCUUUGAACUGAAUAUGCAGCCAGUGUUUGCUCAAAAAUGGUACUUUUGUUAUUGAUUCUUCUUUUUGGCUUCGCCUCAACUUUGGAAAUUCAAAAAGUUGUCAUAGUCGUUAUCAGUCAAGAUAACAAGUAUAAUUUAGGUCUGGCGCAAAAUUUGACCAGGGAAAUUUUUGCGGAAUCUGAAAAAUUAUAUGGGACGAGACCGAUAGUCCACGUUUCCAGCACAGAUUUUCCGAGCAAAGCUGACUGGACGUACUUGCCCUUAUUUUCUGAUUUAGUUAACUCGCACGAAGAUAACGCUUCUUGGGUAUUUUUCAUGCAAGAUUAUACCGCUGUAAGGCUAGCCAAACUUUUGGAGAUUUUCGAAAAAUACGAUCACCAGAAGGAAGUCUGGUUCGGCCACGCUUUGUUCGAUCAAACGCCAACGGUCAUACAUCAUUUUGCUUUUCACGAAAAUCCCACGAUUUUUAAAUAUCCCAACGUAGCCUCCGGAUUCGCCAUUAGUUUUCCUCUACUCAAACGGCUAUCGUACAAAUGGGAGGAAUUUCAUAAAACACAAACAUCCAAUUUUCACAUUGAUAGCGGUCACGAGCUCGCCCUGUUCGUGUGGAAAGAUGCCAAUGGGCCCGUGCUCGAGCACGAGCCUGCAUUAUGUAGCACAUUCGAAGAACCGGAGCGAUGCGGCUCGCAUCCCAGCCAGUUUCAUAACUGUGAUAAUUUGGUGCCAAGAAAUAGCAUUUAUUUUGCUGUUAAAACUUGUUCAAAAUUCCACAAAGAUAGAGUUCCUAUUGUUAAAAAGACUUGGGGUGGUCACGUUACGACUAUAAAAUAUUUUAGCGAUGCAGAAGAUAAGUCUAUUCCUACGGUGAAUUUGGGAAUUCCAAACACCGAACACGGGCAUUGCGCAAAAACAUUAGCCAUAAUAAAAUAUAUCGCUAGCGAAAUCAAGUCGAGUAGUUACAUAAAAUGGAUCGUUAUCGCCGAUGAUGAUACUAUCUUAGGAGUAACAAAUCUCCAGCGGCUUUUAUCCUGCUACGAUCACGGGGAUGCAAUAUGCUUGGGGGAAAGGUACGGGUUCGAAUUGAACGGUCCACGGGGAUAUAAUUACAUCACAGGAGGAGCCGGGAUGGUGUUCAGCAGGCCCCUUUUGGCGAAAAUCGCGGAGAGUUGCGUGUGCCCGUCGCUGACGACUCCCGAUGACAUGUACUUGGGAAUAUGCGUGGCUAAAUUGGGGCUGGAGGUCACCCAUGCGCCUGGAUUCCAUCAAGCCCGACCGGUCGAUUACAGCCCGGAAUACUUGAAAUCCCACGAAGCUGUAUCCUUUCACAAGCACUACAUGGUGGAUCCGGUGGACAUUUACAAACAGUGGUUCGAAACCGAAGAUACUUUGGCUAAUCGAACAAAGCAACUCCGCGUUGAAUUGUAAUUAUUAAGUUUGCAUAUUAAAUACAUUUAAACCAACCAAGUACUCAGUAAUUAUAGUAUUUUAU